CCGGGUUAUUGUCAGUCUCGGCAACUCGGUGGAAGGGAAGGACCGCGUCCCGGAGCUACCCGAAGCUGCCCGAAGCUGCUGGCUCUUUAUUCUGUCGGAAUUACUUCCUAUUUUGGUUUUUAGACCAAAAAGAGGCAGUUUGAGCGUCGCUAGUGAGGUUACUCUCCCACCUCACGUGGAAAUUGGAGUCUGAAUCGGGAGGAAAACCCAUCCGAGAGAGAGGCACGGAGAAAGUGACGGACGGAGCAGAGCCUGCUCUCCGGGAUUUUACGUCGCAUCGUGUCGGUUCAGGAUACUCCGGGCAGCCAUCGGGCCCUGCUUUGAUGUCUUUCAGGGGUUGCUGGUGUUUCUGCAUACCUUCCGAGGACGAGGAUAAACUUCAUCAACAUUCGAAAUCGAGAAACCGCAGCUGGAUUUGAGCGGAGCAGAAUGAAUCUUUUCUAAUUUGGUCCACAGAAGAAUGAGGCAGAUUCAUCACUGAACGCAACGAUCUGCAUGGAGUUCUAGUCUGCACUAAGGAGCAAUUUAUGGUUGGCCGCAGAACUCCCCCGGCUGUAGUAUUGUGCCCACCUCGCCAUGCUGGCCUGUCUGCAGAGGAGGCAGAACCCUCCGCCCCAGCACCCCAUGUGUGCCAGCAAGACCUUGGAGCCACCGCAAGUCCUUGGACGGAAAUGUGACCUGCUGGUGCCCACACACACCCCGCGCUACCCAACUGCGGCAGAACUCGAUGCUUACGCUCAGAAGACUGCCAACAGCCCACUUUCCAUCAAGAUCUUCCCCACCAACAUCAGGGUUCCCCAGCACAAGCACCUUAACCGGACUGUGAAUGGAUAUGACACCACAGGGCAGCGCUACAGUCCUUACCCGCAUCUUCACACAGUGGGGUACCAGGGUCUCCUUGCUAUUGUCAAGGCCUCAUCAUCAUCGUCAUCAUCCUCCACUUUUGGACCUUCAAAGAGUGUUCUCAAGAAUGCAGAAGGUAGACGGACUAAGCUCUCUCCAGCCCACAUAGCUGUUGCUCCAUACCCACCUCCAAGUAAUAGCACUUUAGCCAGUUGUCAUGGCCAAAUGGUAUACCACACUGGGCCCUCAAAGCCCCCAGACGGCCCUGGGUUGUCGGUUCCUCCAAAUGUCACUGUCGCCGGCUCUGUGAUUCCUGUAACAGGGGGCCGAGGCCUAGCCCUGCCUGCACAGUCCAACCUCCCCUCCAUCCAGAGUAUCAUCUACCAGAUCAACCAGCACUGCCAGGCCCAGGCACUGCAGCAGGUGUGUCAUGGGGCUUCCGCACCAACAAAUCCCAGCCCCGCCAAGCAGGGUACGGCUGUCAUGGGAGUCACUUCUAGCUCCUCAGGUGGCUACGUGGUGGGUAUGGGUCCCCAGGCUAACAUGGUGUACACAGGAUCAGGGCUGCCUGCCCAAAGUGCAGAGGCAAUGAAGAGUGGAGUGUAUGCAGAUGGUAUGGACUACAUCAUUUGGCAGAAACAGCAACAACAACAACAUCAACAACAGCAGCAGCAACAGGCUGUUCUUCGUAUGUACAGUGGAGGCAGCGGAGGAGGAGGUGCCAUCAGCAAGUCUCCUGAAACCUGUGUUCCAGGUGGAGGAAUUAUGGCAGCCCAAGUGUCCUCCUCCUCCUCCAGACCUUACCACCUGACAGCGAGUGCCAGUGGAGGAAACGGGCUAGAAAAAGUCAGCUCCUCCCCUUUGAACUGCGUGGGUAUGCAUGGGAACUUCUCAGUGGGUCAGUACUUUGCACCGCCAUGGAACAGUGUGCUGGUGACCCCCGACAGUGACUGCUACAACCCCCAGGAGCUUCUAGGUACCUCCACAGGAGGGCCAGCGACCGGGCACAGAGAAAUGGGCUACCCUCAUCACCACUACCAUCACCACCACCACCACCACCACCCUGCCAUAGACAGUGGUGGAGGUCUGUGCUGCAGCCUGCCAAGCAAGAGCUUGUGCAACACAUCCGUUCUGAGCAGCAGCCUGCAGUCUCUGGAGUACCUGAUCAACGACAUCCACCCUCCCUGCAUCAAGGAGCAGAUGCUCGGCAAAGGCUACGAGACUGUGUCUGUGCCACGUCUGUUAGACCACCAGCAUGCACACAUCCGCCUCCCUGUUUACAGAUAGAGGAGGAGCAGAAUCAUCAGAUGUGAGUUUGUUGAAGAAAAUCAAAGGAACAGAGAAGUUUUUUUGUUGAUGCGGUACAGAACUGUUGCGAGUACCACUGCUUUAACCAGUGUGGGAGCUUAUAGAAGAGCAGUCGUCGUGCUGUUUGACCUUCGAUGUGGCCAAACACAAAAGGUGGUAAAGAAAAGGGAUUUCAAGAUUAUCCUGAUGUUCCAUUGUGUGGUUUGCCAAUAGGACUUUUGGAUUGAUUUCCUUUUUUCUUUUUUUGUUUUGAUAUGAUUUCCUUUCUAAAACUGGUUUUGAUGAGAAUCUUAGCUCGACAUCAAGUGCACACGUCACUUGUAUCUCCUUUCCAAAUGCUAAGGAUGAAGCUACUGUGUAGGUUAUCACUGAAACGGUCCUAAAGGACCACGGCUUAGGGCUGUUUAGAAAUCCCCAAAAAUUUCUGACAGAACGCUCGUACACACCCAAACACAGGCUGAUGAAUGAGAAGAGUACGAUGAUGAGCAGUUCCCGGGUGUUCUACGUUUGAAUUUUAAAGGGUAGUACGAUAUUAGCUAUUGUUGCUGUAAUUGAUAAAUUAAUUGCACUGCUUGAAUUUUGUUAACUUUGAAGUUUGGAAUUGGGUAGUUUGCAUAUGAUAUAUUUAAGAAACUUGAAAAACUUGAACCUAUUUUUUGUUGUUUGAUAUAUUUGUAGGUAUAUUAUUGUAUUGGCUGCUACGAGGAAAAGCAUCUCAAUAUUUUUUCUUCUUUUUAAAAAAAAUCAAUAUUGUAUUGUUUUCCACUUUUUAUGUUUAUGAGUUAAUAAUUCCUCCUCAAGCUGAUGUGCAGUUUCUUAUGUCCAGGCCUGAGACAUAGCUGCUGCUUUGGUUCUGUAAGAACCUGUUCCGAGAGCUCUUCUUUUAUGUUAAUUUUUGAACCAACACUGGAAUCUACAAUAAAUCUUGAAAUAUUUACAAAAAAAAAAAAUUAAAAUAAAAGAAAAUGUGGUUUUAAAAAAAGUACAAGAAAAGGAAAUGUAAUGAAGAAUGUGACGGGAGGUUAUCUGUGUAACCCGGCGUUCGGGACCGCGUGUGGCCGAGUGCAUGAGUGUUUGUUGAUUUAAGUUUGUGUUUCUUCAAAAUCCUCAGACUUUUUUUCUUAAUUAUCCUUUUAUUGUGUCAUUUUCAGAUUUUUUUUUUCCCACAAAGACUGACUGAUUCACCAGUCCCAUAAAUAUUCUGAGGGAACUAACCUGCUUUACAUGGAGGCUUUAGAUUUUGCGAGUCAGAAUAGAGACUUUAGUUCCAUCUUGAAUCCUGCGUUUCCAGCACCGCAGCCUUCUCUGUUCUCAGAAUAGAAGACAGCGCUGGAAACAAACGAGGGUCACUCUCCACUCCUAAUCUUUGCAAAUAAAAACAAAAUGAAAACAAUCAUGCUCUGUCCUUAGGCAUCAGAUGAAACAAGAAUAAGUUCUCCUCUUCCACCCCCCUCCCACCGUUAGGACGCGUUUAGCCUAGGCCGGUCUUAACUUGAUAAAUCAGAGAGGUGAAAUAUUUAUGACGACUGUGAGAUUCCCUUGAAUGUACUGCACUUAAAUUACCGUAAUAUUGUAUUGCCUUGUAGGACACGAGUGAAAGAGAAAACUGCAUCAGUCCUCUGGUCUUAAAUCGGGAUUUUUUUAAAUUUCAUUUUUCAUUGUCAAAUUUGAAUUUAUCAACUGGAAAGCAGAAAACACGAGCUUUGAUGUGGGGAAAUACUGGUAUCUGUCUAGAUUUAUGAAGUGCAAUUAUUAUGACUGUAUUAACAUUUUUUUCUCUGAGCUUAUACCAAAAAAUGUAAACUACAGUUGUCAAUACAUUCCCAAUGUACCACAUCCCUAACCCCUACCUUUCUUCUGCUUUUGUUUUAAGGUGUAAAAUAAAUUUCUUUAAGAAUAUAUUCAGAAACCA